AGUCCAGCGGAGGGCGGGAGCCAAAUGCGGGACGACAGCUGACUUACUGCGAGGAGGCAGGGAGGCGCGGCGCGCGCGGGUGGUCCCUGCGCGCUUGACUUCUCCUCCGCCGGUUCCUGGGUGCCGCAAGAUAAAAUUCUCACCAUGAAGUCUCCUGCUGUGCUUGCACCUGGCAUUCUUGUAUUUCUGUUUACCUUCGUGCAGAAGAGCGAUGGGGAGUGUAAAGAGGCACUAGUAAAGUCCAGGAUGAAUGUGAACAUGCAGUAUCAGCUUCCUAACUUCACUGCAGAAACAUCCAUUCAGAAUGUUGUUUUGCACAAACAUCACAUUUACCUCGGUGCCGUUAACUACAUUUACGUUUUAAAUGACAAAGACCUUCAGAAGGUUGCUGAGUACAAGACUGGGCCUGUGCUGGAACACCCAGAUUGUUUCCCAUGUCAGGACUGCAUCCACAAAGCCAAUUUAUCAGGGGGUGUUUGGAAAGAUAACAUCAACAUGGCUCUGCUUGUUGACACGUACUAUGAUGAUCAACUCAUUAGCUGUGGCAGUGUCCACAGAGGGACCUGCCAGCGACACGUCCUUCCACCCAACAAUACUGCGGACAUAGAGUCAGAGGUUCACUGCAUGUACUCUCCUCAGGCAGAUGAAGAGACCAGCCAAUGUCCUGACUGUGUGGUGAGUGCCCUGGGAACCAAAGUCCUGCUGUCUGAAAAGGAGCGAUUCAUCAACUUCUUCGUGGGCAAUACCAUAAAUUCUUCUUACCUUCCAGAUCAUUCAUUGCACUCGAUAUCGGUGAGAAGGCUCAAGGAAACGCAAGAUGGUUUUAAGUUUUUGACAGACCAAUCUUAUAUUGAUGUUCUACCUGAACUCCAAGAUUCCUACCCCAUUAAGUAUGUCCAUGCCUUUGAAAGCAACCAUUUUAUAUACUUUUUGACGGUCCAAAAGGAAACUCUAGAUGCUCAGACUUUUCACACAAGAAUAAUCAGGUUCUGUUCCACAGACUCUGGAUUGCAUUCAUACAUGGAAAUGCCUCUGGAGUGUAUUCUGACAGAAAAGAGAAGAAAGAGAUCCACAAAGCAGGAAGUAUUUAAUAUUCUCCAAGCUGCGUAUGUCAGUAAGCCUGGGGCUCAGCUCGCUAAGCAAAUAGGUGCUAACCUGAAUGAUGACAUUCUCUAUGGGGUGUUUGCACAAAGCAAGCCAGAUUCCUCAGAACCAAUGAAUCGCUCCGCUGUCUGUGCAUUCCCUGUCAAAUAUGUCAAUGAGUUCUUCAACAAGAUCGUCAACAAAAACAAUGUGAGAUGUCUCCAGCAUUUCUAUGGCCCCAACCAUGAACACUGCUUCAAUAGGACACUGUUGAGAAAUUCAUCAGGAUGUGAAGUGCGCAAUGAUGAAUAUCGAACGGAAUUUACCACAGCUUUGCCGCGCGUUGACUUAUUCACGGGCCAGUUCAACCAAGUCCUCUUAACAUCUAUAUCCACCUUUAUCAAAGGAGAUCUCACUAUCGCUAAUCUCGGGACGUCAGAGGGUCGAUUCAUGCAGGUUGUGGUUUCUCGAUCAGGAUCAUUAACUCCCCACGUGAAUUUUCCCCUGGAUUCCCACCCUGUGUCUCCAGAAGUGAUUGUGGAGCACCCACUAAACCAGAAUGGCUAUACACUGGUUGUCACAGGGAAAAAGAUCACCAAGAUCCCGCUGAAUGGCCUGGGCUGUGAGCAUUUCCAGUCCUGCAGCCAGUGCCUCUCCGCCCCUUCCUUUGUGCAGUGUGGCUGGUGCCGUGAUAAAUGUGUGCGACUGGAGGAAUGCCCCAGUGGGACGUGGACUCAAGAGACCUGUCUGCCAACAAUCUACAAGGUUUUUCCAACUAGUGCCCCCCUUGAAGGAGGGACCACACUGACUGUUUGUGGCUGGGACUUUGGAUUCAAGAGGAAUAAUAAAUUUGACUUGAAGAAAACCAGAGUUCUCAUUGGAAAUGAGAGCUGCACCUUGACCUUAAGUGAGAGCACAGCAAACAUGUUGAAAUGCACAGUUGGUCCUGCAAUGAAUGAACAUUUCAAUAUGUCCAUAGUUAUUUCAAACAGUCGUGGGUCAGUACAGUAUAGUACAUUUUCCUAUGUGGAUCCUAUAAUAACAAGUAUUUCUCCAAAUUAUGGUCCAAAAACUGGUGGCACUUUACUUACAUUAACUGGAAAGCACCUAAACAGUGGAAAUUCAAGACACAUUUCAAUUGGUGGAAAAACAUGUACUUUAAAAAGUGUUUCACAUAGUAUUCUCGAAUGUUAUACCCCAGCCCAAAGCACUCCAAGUGAGUUUUCUAUUAAAUUGAAAAUUGACUUAGCCAAUCGAGAGGUGAACAGCUUCAUUUACCGGGAAGACCCCAUUGUCUAUGAAAUACAUCCCACCAAAUCUUUUGUUAGUGGUGGGAGUACAAUAACAGGUGUUGGGAAAAACCUGAAUUCAGUUAGUAUCCUAAGGAUGGUAAUAAAUGUGCAUGAAGCCGGAAGGAACUUUACAGUGGCAUGUCAACAUCGCUCUAAUUCAGAGAUAAUCUGCUGUACAACUCCUUCACUACAACAGCUGAACCUACAACUCCCCCUGAAAACCAAAGCCUUUUUCAUGUUAGAUGGGAUCCAUUCCAAAUACUUUGAUCUCAUUUAUGUACAUAAUCCUGUGUUUAAGCCUUUUGAAAAGCCAGUGAUGAUCUCAAUAGGCAAUGAAAAUGUACUGGAAAUAAAGGGAAAUGAUAUUGACCCUGAAGCAGUUAAAGGGGAAGUGUUAAAAGUUGGAAAUAAGAGCUGUGAAAAUAUACACUCACAUUCUGAAGCUGUUUUAUGUACGGUCCCCAAUGACCUGCUGAAAUUGAACAGCGAACUAAAUAUAGAGUGGAAGCAAGCAAUUUCUUCAACUGUUCUUGGAAAAGUGAUAGUUCAACCAGAUCAGAAUUUCACAGGAUUGAUUGUUGGUGUUGUCUCAAUAUCAAUAAUACUCUUACUGUUACUCGGGCUUUUCCUGUGGCUGAAAAAAAGGAAGCAAAUUAAAGAUCUGGGCAGUGAAUUAGUUCGCUAUGAUGCAAGAGUACACACUCCACAUUUGGAUAGGCUUGUCAGUGCCCGAAGUGUAAGCCCAACUACAGAAAUGGUUUCCAAUGAAUCUGUAGACUACCGAGCUACUUUUCCAGAAGACCAGUUUCCUAACUCAUCUCAGAAUGGGUCAUGCAGACAAGUGCAGUAUCCUCUGACAGAUCUAUCCCCCAUCUUAACUAGUGGGGACUCUGAUAUAUCCAGUCCAUUACUGCAAAAUACCGUCCACAUCGACCUCAGUGCUCUAAAUCCAGAGCUGGUCCAGGCAGUUCAGCACGUAGUAAUUGGGCCGAGCAGUCUGAUUGUACAUUUCAAUGAAGUCAUAGGAAGAGGACAUUUUGGGUGUGUAUAUCAUGGAACUUUGUUGGACAGCGAUGAUAAGAAAAUUCACUGUGCUGUGAAAUCCUUGAAUAGAAUCACUGACAUAGAAGAAGUUUCCCAAUUUCUGACUGAGGGGAUCAUCAUGAAAGAUUUUAGUCAUCCCAAUGUUCUCUCGCUUUUGGGAAUCUGCCUCCGAAGUGAGGGGUCUCCACUGGUGGUCCUACCAUACAUGAAACACGGGGAUCUUCGAAAUUUCAUUAGAAAUGAGACUCAUAAUCCAACUGUAAAAGAUCUUAUUGGCUUUGGUCUUCAAGUAGCCAAAGGCAUGGAAUAUCUUGCAAGCAAAAAGUUUGUCCACAGAGACUUGGCUGCAAGAAACUGUAUGCUGGAUGAAAAAUUCACUGUCAAGGUUGCUGAUUUUGGUCUUGCCAGAGACGUGUAUGAUAAGGAAUACUAUAGCGUACACAACAAAACAGGUGCAAAACUGCCAGUGAAAUGGAUGGCUUUAGAAAGCCUGCAGACUCAGAAAUUUACCACCAAGUCAGAUGUGUGGUCCUUCGGCGUGCUCCUCUGGGAACUGAUGACAAGAGGAGCACCACCUUAUCCUGACGUCAACACCUUUGACAUAACAGUUUAUUUGUUGCAAGGAAGAAGGCUCCUACAACCUGAAUACUGCCCAGACCCCUUGUACGAGGUGAUGCUGAAAUGCUGGCAUCCUAAGGCUGAGCUGCGCCCGUCCUUUUCUGAACUGGUCUCCAGGAUAUCCGCCAUAUUCUCUACUUUCAUUGGAGAGCACUAUGUUCAUGUGAAUGCUACUUACGUGAACGUCAAAUGUGUCGCUCCAUAUCCUUCUCUGUUGUCAUCACAAGAUAAUGUCAAUGGCGAGGGGGACACAUGAUGGAUGGAGGCACCUGUGCCAUCAAGUCCCCUUCUGAGAAACCUCACUGAACUGCCUGAACAACAGUCCACCCUUUGUCCAACUUUCUUUUCACUGCCAGGCCACUGAAAGGCCACCGGGUAUUUUUUGCUUUUGCCAAGAUUGCACUAUUAUAGGACCUUAUAUUGUUAUUAAAAUGACUGGAUUCUACAGAAUUUCUCAUCUGACAAAGCAUCAGAGCAAGCAGCUUGGUCUUGCAGACCAGUGACCAACAGCAAUCCUGCAGCUGUGAUAAUGCUUCUGUCACAUUCAGGCCAAAACCCAAAUGCUGGGUUGAAAUUUUUAAAAAUCAAGAUCCCAGUUGAUUUCAUAUGGGGAACUGAAGCAAUGCAUCUUGAGGGCUUCUUAAUGACAGAAAAUUCAAAAGAAACUGUAAUGUCCCAGUAGGGCACGGCAGCCCUGGGACCAAGCCACUCAUUUAGAAUUAAAAUGUUUCAAAGAAAUUAUGCUUUGUAUGAAAAACACAUUUUUUUUUAUUACUGAUGUUGUCAUUUGCCUGUUAGGUAAACAUUCUCUUUUAAAUUUUUGUCUACACAUUCCUUUUAUUGAAGAACUAUCCAUAGACAAUACAGUCAACAUUUCAAAACAACAGGACUUGAAAUAUGUUUAUAAAUUUAUGGGAAUAUUUACAUAUUGUACAUAAACAACAUUAAGGUUUUCAUAAGAUAGCUUAGUCACAGUGAAAUAUUUGCCAGUUAAAAAUCAACUGUUUAAGAAUGAUACUUUUCUAAUCUGGAUGUGGACAUUUAGAAGUCUUGUCUUUUUUUUUAAUGACAACUCUGAAAAUAAAACAAGUAAUUUGUGAUGACAGUUGUUUUUAAAGGGAACUCAGCAUGUUUUUAAAGCGGAAUACCUCUGACUAAAAGCAUUAUUGGUUCCAAUCAUGGCUCAUAUGUAGAGCCUUGGAAAGAAUCAAUGGACUGGAAAUAUCAGCCUCCUUGUCAGGUGGCAGCUUUCCACCCCACAAACAAUUGGAAACAAUCAAAUCAGGGGGAAGCCAGUUUUGUAUUAGAACAUUUUGUGUUAUUAAGCAAAACAUAUUUUAGGGAAAAAAAUAUGUUGAUUGAAAGUUCUGACCAUUUCGCCUAGAUGAACAGUUGCUCUAGUGAGGACUUUUGUGAUGUUUUGUUCUGUGGGAUUUUGUGCUUACUACUGUAUAACGCAUGUGGCACAGGAUACUCAAACUGAUUUUGUUGAUGUAAACAUUUAAAGUAUUAUAUUUUUAUAAAAAGGUUUAUUUUUAAUGAUGUGAGAAAACUUUUGUUAGGCCACAAAAAUACUGCACUGUGAACAUUUCAGAAAAGGUAUGUCGAACUUGGAUUAAUAACAGCAUGGUUUUAAAUGGCUGUGAAUAAGUGAUAAGGAAAUGUACUGACUGCCAGAACUCCCCACCCUCAUUACAUCACCAGGACUUGAAGCCAAGGGUUAACACAGCAAGCUAUAAAGAGGGUGUGUUUAUAGUAGAGUUGAGCUAAAACCCAAUAGUAGAGUUAAGCUCUUCUUGUGAGACAGUGAUUACAACUGAAAGUUCUUUGACAGUGGUGGAACUUACCAGAAGACCCAAGGAAUUGUACUGCAGAGAUAUUCCAUUCAAAUAUUAUUUCAGAAGUUGUAGAAUGAUACUAAUUCCAGAAUAUUGUACAUAAUGGAUGAGGAAGAAAAAAAUCUGCUCUGCAGAAAAAAAACUGUUUCUACUAAUGUCAGGAGAAUGAAUACAUCGAGAAUAGAGCUUAUGGAAACAACUCAUCAGCAAGACUGCACACCUGUAUAUAUGCUUGAAAAAGCUACAAUGUGAAAGUCAUGUUUGCUAUUUAUAAAUGUGUCCUUAGGUUAAUAUGUCUGGACAGACUGUGGGAGUUAAGUGAUUCUUCGAGGAAUUAGAUACUUGUCACUGCCUAUACCUGCAGUUGAGCUGAAUGGUACUUUGUAUGUUAAUAGUUGUUGUUCUGAUAAAUCAUACAAUUAAAGUGACGUAUCAUCUUGUAUAAUGAAA